AUGGUUCCAGACUUCCAGUCAACCUCGGUGGUAAAUGGUAAUCUGGGUCAAGUCUAAUUUUCAAUCUUGGAUAUUUUCAUGGAGCUGGAAAAAAUUGUAUCAGGCUUAUUAACUCUUCCUUUAUAUUCUUUGGUAUCUCCUAAAUGUUUUGUACAGCAGCUAUGGACAUCAGACACAGUUCUUGUCCUGUGUACAAUUUUCUCUUCCUAAUUUUCUGUCUCAGCAUACAUAUCUCACAUGGAGCUUACACCAUAUCUGUAAACCAAUCUCUGUCUGGUGACCAGACAAUUGUUUCUCCAGAUGGAAAGUUUGAGCUUGGUUUCUUCAAACCAGGUACGGCUUCCAACUACUACAUAGGUAUAUGGUAUAAAAUGAGCCCCCAAACUGUAGUUUGGGUAGCAAAUAGAGAAAUACCAAUAUCCAACAAGGGCUCCGCUGAGCUCAAAAUCUUGGAUGGCAACUUGGUGCUCCUCAAUGAGUUCAAAACCUCAAUUUGGAAUACCAGUAUCAGUUCCACUUCAAAAUCUGUUACAGCUGUUCUUCAUAAUGAUGGUAAUUUGAUCUUGAGUGAUGGAUCAAAUUCAACAUCACCACUCUGGCAGAGCUUUGAUAAUCCAACUGAUACAUGGUUGCCUGGUGGGAAACUUUCAUAUAACAAGCGUACGAGAACAAAACAGCUCCUGAUUUCUUGGAGGAAUUCAGAGGAUCCUGCACCAGGUUUGUUCUCUCUUGAGCUGGACCAAGCAAACAGGCAGUAUCUUAUAAAGUGGAAUAAGACUGAGCAGUAUUGGACAAGUGGCCCUUGGAAUGAUCAUAUUUUCAGCGGGGUGCCUGAAAUGAGGUCAAACUUCUUUUACAAUUUUUCCUACAAAGAUAAUCAUAAUGAGAGCUAUUUUACAUAUUCACUUUAUGAUGAUUCUGUCAUAUCAAGAUUUGUAAUGGGUCUCUCAGGUCAAAUUCAGCAGUUCUCGUGGUUGAAUAAUUCCAAUCAGUGGAAUAUGUUUUGGUCACAACCAAAAGACCUCUGUCAGGUUUAUGCUUAUUGUGGGGCAUUUAGUAUCUGUCAAAAUUCAUUGCCCUUCUGUAAUUGCUUGGAUGGUUUUGAGCAUAAGUCGGAUGCAGAUUGGAACCGGACCGACUUUUCUGGUGGUUGUGUGAGGGAGGCAGCUUUGGGGUGUGGAAAUAAUAGUACUACUAAUGUGGCAAAAGACAAGUUCAAGAUUUAUCCCCAGAUGGCACCCUCUAAAUAUGCCAUAUCUAUGAUGGCUGGCAGUGCUGCAGAAUGUGAAUCUUAUUGCUUGGGGAAUUGCUCUUGUAGUGCUUAUGCUUACCAUGACAGUGAUGGAUGCUCAAUUUGGAACAGGGAGCUCUUGAAUUUGCAGCAACUCUCAGAAGGCGAUGGUAGUGGAAGAACGAUUUAUAUCAGGCUUGCUGCCUCAGAAUUCCCUAGUGAUAAAAGUAACAAUGGAGUUCCAGUUGGUUUUGUUGUGGGGCCUGUGGCUGGUGCACUGCUUGUUCUUUGCGUUAUUUUCUUUGCACUCAGGAAAUGGCGUGGCCACAUGUUUGGAACAGCAAAAAUAAUGGAGGGUUCACUGGUGGUGUUUGGUUACAAAGAAUUGCAAUCUGCAACCAAGAACUUUUCAGAAAAGCUAGGGGGAGGAGGUUUUGGUUCUGUUUUCAAAGGGGCUUUGCCUGAUUCAUCUGUAAUAGCGGUGAAGAAGCUCGAAAGCAUCAGCCAAGGAGAGAAGCAAUUCAGAACAGAAGUGAGCACAAUUGGGACAAUCCAGCAUGUAAAUCUUGUCCGCCUCCGUGGUUUUUGCUCUGAAGGCAAUAAGAAGUUGUUGGUUUACAAUUUCAUGCAAAAUGGCUCCCUGGAUUCACAUCUUUUUAGUGAAAACAUGUCCACUGUUUUGGACUGGAAAACAAGGUUCCAGAUUGCAUUAGGGACAGCAAGAGGCCUGGCUUAUCUCCACGAGGAGUGCAGGGAUUGCAUCAUACACUGUGACAUAAAGCCAGAAAACAUCCUUCUUGACGCUGAAUUCUGUCCCAAAGUGGCAGAUUUUGGUCUGGCAAAGCUCGUUGGGCGCGAGUUUAGCAGGGUUCUGACUACCAUGAGAGGUACAAGAGGUUAUCUUGCACCAGAAUGGAUAUCAGGAGUGGCUAUAACACCAAAAGCAGAUGUCUACAGCUACGGCAUGAUGCUUUUUGAACUUAUAUCAGGAAGGCGAAACGCAGAGCCUUCUCAGGACGAGAAAGUGAGAUUCUUCCCAUUUCGUGCUGCAAAUACUAUAGCCACGGAAGGUAACAUCCUUACUCUGCUAGAUCCCAGAUUGCAGGGGGUUGCAGACAUCGAUGAGGCAUCAAGAACCUGCAAAGUUGCCCUCUGGUGCAUCCAAGAUGAAGAAAAACACAGGCCAUCAAUGGGUCAGGUUGCUCAGAUUCUUGAAGGAGUUUUAGAUGUGGGCUUUCCCCCUAUUCCCAGAUCUCUUGAAUUGUUUGCCAAUAACCAGGAGACCAUUGUUUUCUUCACUGAGCCAUCCUCAACUAACAGCAGCUCACAUUCUCACAACACCUCUUCAAAUUCUUCCUCUCAAACAGAAAACAGCCCAUCAUAAUCAAUCUCAAGGAAGUUAGCUUUUGAUUUGGUUAUUUUCAGUUUUUUUAUUCUUUGCUCUUUAGUUGGCUUGUGUUUCAAGUGCAUGUAUCACUUUUUUUGUAAAGUGAUUUUUAACAGAGGCCCAUUUCAUGGUGGCUAUGAAUGCUAUGAUAUCAUUUAGAAACAAUUCUAGUGAAAACUAAUGCAGAUUUGCAGAUUUUAGAGGCCCAUUUUAUAAUAUCUA